AAUCUGAGUGUUGUUGUCGGUUCAGACAUACCUCAUAUCUUUUGUAAACCUGAAAAACUGUUAAUUUACAGUUGUAUGCGGUGUUGAAUAUUUCCGGAAUAUUACGGUCGUUUGUGGCGGAAUUAGCCGGACGAGUCUGACCCAGGGCGCAUGUGCAAGGACAUAGAAGCUGUGGAAGUACUUCCAGGACUGUCAUAAUAAUUAGGAAAGAUAAAAUUAGACAAAAGAACAUCAUCAAUCCACAAUUGAUGUGUGCAGGGGAUUGAGGAACAUGAAAAGACCGCGAAAUGUUGAUUGCGGCAAACCCAGACGCCCUGUGAAAAGGAACAAAAUAUCGGAUGGUAUCUAUGGAAGUACGUUCUUGUACUUGAAGUUUCUACUGGUGUGGGCGCUGGUUUUGAUGGCAGAUUUCAUUCUGGAGUUCCGUUUUGAAUACCUCUGGCCUUUCUGGCUCCUUCUCCGAAGUGUUUACGACUCAUUCAAGUACCAAGGACUGGCUUUCUCUGUCUUCUUCGUUUGCAUCGCUAUCACAUCAGACGUCAUCUGCUAUCUUUUCAUACCAGUACAGUGGCUAUUUUUUGCGGCCAGUACCUACGUUUGGGUUCAAUAUGUUUGGCACACAGAGAGGGGGAUAUGUCUGCCGACAGUGUCACUGUGGUUGCUUUUUGUAUACAUAGAAGCCUCAGUGCGACUUCGAGAACUCAAGAGCCUUCCUUUUAAUUUAGACCUUUGCAGGCCAUUUGCUGCGCACUGUAUUGGUUAUCCAGUGGUGACACUAGGAUUUGGUUUUAAAAGUUACAUAUCUUACAGAAUGAGAUUGAGAAGACAGAAAGUUGUACAAAAAGAAAAUGAUUUUUACAUGCAGCUAUUACAUCAAGCACUUCCUGCAGAGGUCCAGUAUGCUGAUAAACAAAAAGCUUUGCCAUCCAAACCGGAGGAGGAGGUAAUCUCAAAUGGGGUGGCAGGGAAGAAAAUAGUGAAAGUAGAAGAAGAAAAAGAUGGCAAGAAGUCCGCCAAGAGUUCAGACAUUAAUGAAGAUGACGAGAUAGAGUAUAUAGAGAAAAGCUUGCCAAAGAAAACUAAUGUUAAUCAGUUUGAUGAAAGUGCGGACAAUUUUGUCAAUGAUCAGCAAGCUAAAUCUUUCAAAACAGCAUCCAGCUCAGUGGGUGGAAAAUCCCAGGGCAGCAAGUUAAAUAGCAGUAAGGAAAAUAGUACGAAAAAAGGGAAGACAUACAGUAAAGAUAUACCACCUCCAGCUACUUUCAGCAACAAUAAAGAUGAAGUUAUAGCAAGGUUAGAGACAGAUGUAAAGAAGUUAAAGGCGGACCUUCAAUCUAGUCGAAACUGUGAGCAAGAGUUACGAUCUCAGAUAAAUAACUUCAGUAUAGGGGAUAAGUCCCUGCGGUCCGAGCUGUAUCAACUCCAGCAAGAUAAUGAAAAUUUACAGAAUAAACUGCACAACCUUGUGACCAGCAAGCAGCAAGAUAAACAGAACAUAGCUAUGCUGGAAAAGAAGGUGCAAGAGGAACGAAAGCUUCGAGCAUCACUUGAGGCACAGCUUGCCUCAGAGCGCAAAGCAAGAAAGGCAGACGAGGCAGCUGCUGCAGCUAGAGCAGUUGCCAUGGCAACAGCAGCAAGAGUCGAAUGCACAGAGAGUUGUAAGGCUAGGAGAAGAGACAGUGAAAUUGAUAUAAAACAGCUCCGCAGGGAUCUGAAAAUGAGGGAAGAGCAAGUUCGACAGAUUGAAAGAGAAGUACAAGCUCUGCGACAGUAUAAGGAUGCCCAGAAGGAGACAGAGGUUCUGAUGGCGGCCCUGGGGGCCAUGCAAGACAAGAACACAGAGCUGGAGAAUAACCUGAGUGCAGAGACAAGAUUCAAGCAGGAUCUGUUUUCAGCUCUCGCCGAGGAGAGGCGCCAAAUUAAAAUAUUACAGAACACAGUACAUGAGAAAGACAGCGAGAUUGCAGAGCUGAAAUCAAAAAUAGCUGAGGUGAUGGCUCUUAUCCCCAGCACAAGCUCUUAUCAGACUCUCAAUUCAGAGAGGACGUCCUCUCCGCUCUUCUCCUCAAAAUACUGCAAGGAUGAUGUGACGGUGUCCUCGGACCUGAACCCCAAUGCCACAGACUACACCCCCAAGAACUCUAUUUAAACCUCAGCCAGCAGCCCUCAAAACCAUCCUCCUCUCCUCCCUCCCAGCCCAUCCUUGCAAGUAACAUGACAUUGUUCACCAUUGAACCACCACCUCCACCCUACAUGAACGUUUUUGCCUUGUGGACAGCCCCACUUCAUAUCUGUACAACGGUGGACAUGUUGUUUUAGUCCAAUCUUAUAGACUCGUCCAUUGGUGCUACAAUUGGUUUUCAGUUCCGUUGGAGCUGCAGGUCUGGUGACUGCCAUCUCUCGCGACCAGUAGUUGACCUGCCAACAGUGUUCACAUAAUCUAAGUACGCAGCUGCACCACUGGUAAACAAAGAUUACUUAAUAAACCAACGCCAACUUGUUUCUUCCACAAUGAGCAUACCCAAAGUCAAAACACUCAGUACGGUUCUGUUAAAGAUAUGCUUAAAAUAAACUCUUAGCUUAACUUUUGAAAAAGGAAGAUAAACGGCUGAUUGAUUGAAA